AUAUUUCUGUUGCCUGUUAAGUCAGUAAACCGUUCAGAGUAAAAAUAAAAUGCUAAAGUAAAUUAAUAGUUUUGAAAUAAUAACAAUUGUGCGCUUAGUGUCUAUACAUGUAGCUGCGGUUGCAGUUUGAAGAUCAACUUGAUUGUCGGCAACGGCAACAAUUCUAACACGUCAGAAUUUCUGCCAGCAUCUGAACGCGCCUCGCGAGAUAUAGAAGAGUGCUUAUCUAACGGAAUCUAACGGAAUCUGCAUGCAUUAUAGACCAAAAAUCGAGCCGUACUUCUAAGUAAAAGUCGACGCGUCAGCAAAAUAGAUAAAUAUGUCGGAGACAAGUAUAGAUGUGAGCGGCGAUAUGCAAGUGCCACAGCAACGUCCAGCUGGCGGUGAGAAUAGAUUCUCCAUAGAUAUGCAAAGAUUUCCCUCACUGACGAAUCUCCCAACACCUAUGGAGCUCAUACAAAUGGUGCGUCGUUCGCUGCGCCCCUGGAUGAUGUUCUUCAACAUAAACAACUUCAAGUCAGCCGUUAGUAUGCAGCGUCUCAAUAACCGUAUCGUGCGCAAUCUACAGUACUUCCAGAGCAACUACAUAUUUGUAUUCAUUGUGCUGAUGAUCUAUUGCCUAAUUACAUCGCCACUUACAUUGCUGGUUAUAGUUGGAGUUGCUUUCGCUUGCAACAAGAUACGCAACUCAAAUUCAAACUUCAACUUGUUUGGCCAACAACUAACACCGAAGCAGCAAGUUUUAAUAGUUAAUUUGGGAGCAGCACCUGUGCUCUUUUUGGUUGGUGCUGGUGCAGUAUUGUUUUGGACCCUAGGCGCAUCCUGUUUUGUUAUAUUAAUGCACGCUGUAUUUUAUAAUAUCGAUGCACUUGUAACUGAAGAGAACGAUGGAUUUUUGGCUCAAACUGUUUAGGCCAAUACCAAAACCAAAAUCGAAUAUGCAACGAAUGUCUGUGCAACGAAUUGUUGACAGAUGAUUUGCCACGCAGGGGCCUUAUUAGACUAUAAAAUGCAAUAUACUUACAACUAUUUAUACUAAUAAUUAAUAAUGAAAUACUAUGUAAUUAAGCUCUAGCCACAGCGACUACGUUAAAAGCUCUACGUAGAAAUCGAAAAAUACACACGACCAAACGCA